AUGGUGAGAAUAUCAAGAGAAUGGUUUGGUGAGGAAGAAGGUUGUCCCGGGAAAGAUGGAACUGUGAUUACCUCCGGUAGUCUCACUCUCGAUAGCUUCAAGGGCCUUUUUCUUACUGCUGGUGUAUCAUCAUCAUGUGCUCUCGUCAUAUACUUGUCCAUCUUCUUUUACGAGAACAGGUUCAUCUUAGCCUCAGACACUUCCAUCACGCAAAAGCUUUCUUUACUAGCAAAAAUCUUUGACGAGGAUAACAAUAAGUCAUCUGAAGGUUCCAAAAAACAUGGUGGAAUAGAUGAAGGGGACAGAGCAGCUGCAUCGAUUGCAGUUUCUCCAGUAGAUAUGUACGACUUUCCACAAAGUCCAACAAUCAGCACUUUUUAUCACCCUGAAGGAGUGUUUUCUCAAGAAAGUAUCUCUACAACAGAACCGGGAACUCCAUUUCAUGAUAUCACAGAAAACCUAACAAAAUAUUGA